AUGAGCUCUCUUAAACUCAUCAGGGUCAAUUCCGUCCAGGAAAUUGAUCAACUCAUUGAUCUCGCAUGUGAGAUAUGGAUCGACGAUCCCAUCUUUUCAUGCGUCGUCCCUGGCCGUCGAGAGCGACCUGACCAAUAUCGACAAGUUUGGCAACUUCUUCUUCACAGCGAAUAUUCAUCACCUGGCGCUGUUGUCAUGGUUGCUUGUGAUGGCUCGAGUAGCGAUAUUGCUGAUGCUGUUGGGUUUGCUGUUUGGCAUCGUCACGGUUCAAGCGAGACUGCACGAAGUUGGCAAGGUGAUACUCUGAACAAGAAAAACAGCCGACUGAAGAUUGUGGCUUCAGAACUCAUCAGGCUUGGACUAUUAUUGCAGUGGAUUUACAGCUUUGCUCUUGGCCAAUCACCUGAAGGUGUCUCGGCCAGCCACGCCAAAGAAAUCAUGGCCGAGACCCGUAACGCGGAGCGAUUCUACCCUGAUGAGAGAUGGCGCCUUGCCUUUAUCAGCGUGUCCCCAAAUCAUCAGAGAAGGGGCAUUGGUCGAAAGCUGGUUCAAUGGGGUCUCGACCGCAGCGAGGAGGAGGGUGUUGCCGCGGUGCUUGAGGCCAGUCCUGCGGGCAAGGGCUUGUAUGAAAAGAUGGGCUUUGUAGAGGUUGGAAAGAUGCCGUUUGAUGGAGGAAAAGUGGAGGAGCCUGUCAUGAUUCGGGAGACGCGCGAGUCCAAGAAGGUGGUAUAG